AGCCAACACCUGGAGUGCCUCAGACUCUGUGGAGGUGACAUGGAUGCUGAAGAGCAGAUCCUUGAAAGUCUAAAUGAGAUUCUCCUGUCUCUUGCUGAAGAUAAGCAGAGAUCCUUUAGCCUACUCAGAGAGAGUGGGAUUUUCCUAGCUUUGGCAAAAAUCCUGAAAGGCAACCCACGAUGCGCAGUGAAAGCAGCCCAGGUGCUUUCAGAGAUAGCCAAGAAUGAGGAAAUGAAGAAACCAUGUAUUGAAGCAGAUUUGAUUCUAACUUUGAUACCUUUACUGGAAAGCACAGACCAAGAAAUGUUGCUUCAUGCUGGGAGGGCUAUUGGCCGUAUCUGCUACGACAAUCGGGAUCUUCAGGAAGAGCUGGUGAAGGUAGGAGUAAUCACAUCACUAGUUCGAAUAUUAACUGACUAUGCAGAGAGUGAACCACUUGUUCAUGUUGAUCUACUGGCCUUAUGCAAUCUUGCAGACCUUGAUACAGCUAAGGAAGCUCUAAGCAAGACAAAGGUGGCUGAACAGCUGGUGAAGCAACUGAGAAGAGCAGAGAACCAUGAGAGGUUAGAAGUUGUCUUUGAGGUCCUUCAAGCACUUGCAGAAAAUGAUGCUUUGAAAGUGCAGUUGGUGGAGGCAGGCGUGCAAGAGGUGCUGUCCGAGAUCCUGCUGAGGCUCCAGGGCAGUUCACAAGCUGAAGAUACAUGCGUUGUGAAGGCUGCAUCAGAUCUCAUUGUCUCUCUGCUUCUUGGAGAUGGCAACUGUGUACGAAUGGUACAGGUGGGAGUCAUACAUCAGCUUCUCGACCUUCUGGAGAAACAUGUGGAGAGUGGGGAUGUCUCUGUUCAACACGCUGCACUCAGUGCACUUCGAAACCUUGCCAUUCCAGUUGUUAACAAGGUUCAGAUGCUGGAGGAAGGUGUGGCAGAACGAAUUCAGGCACUUCUAAGGUCAGAGAUGCCUCCUGUGCAGUUUAAACUUCUUGGAACACUGCGAAUGUUGGCAGAUGGUCAAGCUGAUGCAGCCGAAAUCUUGGGCCAAGACCCCAUGCUGCUCAACAGACUUGUGCAGUGGUGUGAUGCUAAUGACCACACUGGUGUUCGUGGAGAAGCAAAUCGGCUGCUGGCAUCAAUCUUGCGGCACAACAGAUCUCAGGAAGUGGUCAAAGCCAUCCAAGAGGCACAAGGAGUGAAGCACCUGGUUUCCAUGACAACAAGUGAACAUGUUACUAUGCAGAAUGAGGCUUUGAAUGCCUUGGCAAUAGCAUCUGCAAUUAAUUUGGAAACCCUUGAAGAAUCUUUUAAGGAGUCACAGCUAGUUCAAAGCUUACACAAACUUCUACAAGAUGAAAAUACAAGUCCUGAGGUGAAAUAUAAUUCAAUGGGUCUUUUGUGCAGUCUUCUUAAUUCAGGUGAUCUGAGACAAGAAAUUGAGAAGGACAAGAUUAAAGAAACCCUGGAACAACUCUGCAGUCACAGCAAUGCAAAUGUGGCCAAGGAAGCUGUUGCAACAUUACAGAUUCUGAGAGGAGAGCCACCCCAUUAGCCUCCUUCCCUUCCCCACAGCAAUUCUGCACUGCUGCUGAAGCAACUGCAAUAAAAUGCCAGCUUUGCCAACACUAUCUUGCAUUUGUCACAC